UGUCAGAAUCGAGACCAACGGAGGCAAAAACUCGAUCGUUCACUCGCUCACCCAACCCGCGCGCGCUAUAGGGCGGCAACCCCACAGGACGAUAGGCGGCCCGCCGGUCGUCCGGCAAGCUGCACAAGACCUCUCAUGCAACUGGGCUGGGGUUGUGCCUCGUGGCAUGACGCCCGCAGGCUGCAUCGACCGGAUGGCGAUGAUGGCUCAUGUGGCUCGCUGCAGGCUGGGAGCGAGGGUUGCGUCUGUGUGGUUGUUCACGACCGAGGCAAAGAUGUUUCAUCAACCGGUCGUUCCUCGCUUCACAGCUCUUGGCGUGACCGGAGGGACGGAAGCCGAGACUGGCGCUCUCACCGUCACAAUCGCAGUCUGGGCAUUGGGGUGGCGGCGGGCGCGGAAAGCUGGCAACCUGGACACUCUUGGUCGUCUCCAUGAUUCUCCAUCUGGGGGGCAGGGGAUAGCACUGCGGCCAAGACCUGGGGUAGGACAAGAAGGUCGACGAGGGUGGCGACGGGCUUGCGGCGAUGAGAGCUGCUGGGCUGGGGUGCAUUUUCCAUACGUAAAUUGGCGUUUAUUCUCCAUCAAAACCCAGCCGCAUGAUAGUCAAUGGCUGACCUGAUUCAUGUCAUCUCAUGCCUGGUCUUGACCGCUUGGAGGCAUACGUUGGCAUACCGAGAUAGCCGAUUCAGCAGAGUAGGAGCUGACCGCUACGGCGGCUGGACAGCCUGGACGAGUGAGGCCUUUGUGAGCCAGGUACCGUGGACAGCUGGACACACGUAGCUUACAGCGGGGAGACCUGCCCAGCCGCCAAUCCAUUGAAUCCACUGUUCGCCGACCCCCGUCA